CCGCGGGUCACUAAAGCAGCACAGUGCUGCCGGAUACAACACACACAACACACUGGAGUUAGGGAGGUCGCCCGAACUUCUCCGGAGACGAAAGUUUCCCUUGGCUCCUCCUCUGGUGUAGUUCUGGAGCGAGACUGCUCUUCAUACCAAAUCUCAUUCUUGAAAUUCCACUCUGCUGUCAACCUCGGGAAAUAUUUAAAAAAUAUAUUAACCCAUCUCGGGCGCAGAAAAGCCCGCAACUUUUCUGAAAGUUGUUUUUUUUUUUUUAAAAACCCAAAACAAUAUAUGUAAGCUUUUCUCUUUAAAAAAAAAAAAAAAAACUGGGAAUCCUUCCAGCCCCCAGCUCGCCGUCUCGGGAUUGUGUUUUUUUUCCCAGCCCUCUGCCUGUUUAGUGAGUCCGAGCCACUUUGAGUUGCUCACACGCAGCUGCAAGCUUUUCCCAAAGUUUACCCGGGGCUCCAGAAACUUUUUUUUUGUUGGUCGUCGCCCGCUGCUGUUGUUUCCAAGUCCCGAGAUUUUUUUUUGUUGUUUUCGUUUCCUGCGAGCGAGAGACAGAGGGGAAAAAAAAAUCUCUCAAAGAGAAAACACCUCUAUCGGCUUGGAGGUCAUUUGGAAUAGCUAUCGGAAGUUUUCCCACCCGUUUCUUGUGGAAGUUUCACCCAGGGGGUUUCUCGCCAGUGAUCGACGGCUCUCCCCGGAGCCCCGCCAGCUGCCACCAUUGCGUCCAACGACUGGAAUGGGAGCGGAGGGAGCCCCAGCGACGGCAGGGAGGACGGGGCAGAGGCGCUGGAGAAAUCGCUGGACAAUGACGCGGAGGGAGUGUGGAGCCCCGACAUUGAGCAGAGCUUCCAGGAGGCCCUGGCCAUCUACCCGCCCUGUGGUCGACGGAAGAUCAUCCUGUCUGACGAGGGCAAGAUGUACGGCCGCAACGAGUUGAUAGCAAGAUACAUCAAGCUUCGGACUGGCAAAACACGCACAAGGAAGCAGGUGUCUAGUCACAUACAGGUGUUAGCCAGGAAGAAAGUACGAGAGUACCAAGCAAGUAUCAAGGUGUCUAGUCAUAUGCAGGUUCUUGCCAGAAGGAAAGCUCGUGAGAUUCAGUCCAAGCUAAAGGCAAUGAAUGUGGAUCAAGCUUCAAAAGAUAAGGCCCUCCAGAACAUGGCCGCCAUGUCCUCCGCACAAAUAGUCUCAGCGACUGCCAUGCAGAGCAAAUUGGGGAUAACACCAAUCCCACAGGCUUCCUAUCCAGGAACAGCCAGGUUUUGGCCUGGUCCGCUUCCUGGUCAGCCUGGGUCCUCUCAAGACAACAUCCCAGAGCUGGCAGGGUGUGGAUGGAGGCCCAGAGACCCAUGGAGCAGCACACCCACUGAGGGCCGCAGUGUGAAGCCCUUCGCCCAGCCAUCGUAUUCGAUCCAGCCUCCAGUACCACCACCCAUCACAAGCUACGAACCCUUGGGCCCUCUCACACCUCCUGCCACUAUCCCAGUGUGGCAGGACCGAACCAUUGCCUCCUCCAAACUCAGGCUGCUGGAGUACUCUGCCUUUGUGGAAGUGCAGAGAGACCCAGAGACGUAUAACAAACACCUCUUCGUACACAUUGGGCAGACAAACCCAUCCUACAACGACCCGCUCCUGGAGGCUGUGGACAUCCGUCAGAUCUACGACAAAUUCCCAGAGAAAAAGGGAGGGCUAAAGGAAUUGUUCGAGAAAGGACCACAGAACGCUUUCUUCUUAGUGAAGUUCUGGGCGGACCUGAACAGCAACAUCCAGGAUGGACCUGGGGCCUUUUAUGGCGUCAGCAGCCAAUACACUAGCUCUGAGAACGUGACCAUAACUUGCUCCACGAAGGUCUGCUCCUUUGGAAAACAAGUGGUAGAGAAGGUGGAGACAGAAUAUGCCCGACUAGAGAACGGAAGGUUUGUAUAUCGGAUCCAUCGCUCCCCAAUGUGUGAAUACAUGAUCAACUUCAUCCACAAACUCAAGCAUUUACCAGAGAAGUACAUGAUGAAUAGUGUGCUAGAGAACUUCACCAUCUUGCAGGUUGUGACCAACCGGGACACCCAGGAGACCUUGCUGUGUAUAGCGUUUGUGUUUGAGGUGUCAACAAGCGAGCAUGGUGCACAGCACCACGUGUACCGGCUGGUGAAGGACUAGCGCGCCCGUGCCCAAACAUCCCCUACACAGAGGGUGCUGCCACCUGCCAAGUAUCUACACAACUGGUGCCUGCUCAUUUUUACCAAACGCAAAACAAAAAAAAUCUAUUUUUCACGGAAACACAGAUAUUUUUACGUUGUUACGAAGAAA